CUAAGGAGGAAUAUCGCCAACAUUUUCCCUUCAUCGCGCCGGCACGGAUCGCAAUACGAAUUAAUAGCUCUUGAAAUUACCUCCGAUGUAGUUCGAAAGGGGUUAAUAUUUCACGCUUUUUCUUCUUUUGCAAGCAAGCCGAACUGCUCCUUAUUAUUCUUUCGAGUUCAUCCGCGUAAUCAGAAGGAAGUGUGUUAAGAAAGAUUAAGAUGGAAAUUUCCACGUGUUUGCUGAUUGUUUUCUACCUUCUUGGUCAACUCUACAAAAUUCAGGGUCAAGAUCGUUGGUUCUGGUACCAGCAAGCGAAGUCUCAGCUGGUGAAGAAUCUUGACGAUGAUCGUAAUUAUAACGUGGCAAAAAAUCUGAUUCUCUUCAUCGGCGAUGGAAUGGGCAUCACCACUGUGACCACAUCACGCAUUCUAAGAGGACAGAAGAAGGGUCAGACAGGAGAAGAGAGUGAACUUGCUUUUGAUAAAUUUGAAUACGUCGCCCUUUCUAAGACAUAUAAUACCGACAGCCAAGUAGGAGACUCAGGUGCCUGUGCUACAGCCCUGCUAUGUGGUGUCAAAGGUCGCUUUGAGACUGUAGGCUUAGAUGAUAGCGGAAGGUACGACAAAUGUCAAAGUAGCUUUCAAUCUAGAAUUACAUGUCUGGCAGACUGGGCUCAAGCUGAAGGUAAAUCGACAGGGCUUGUAACCACAACACGGGUUACUCAUGCAACUCCUGCUGCCAUGUACGGCCAUUCAGCCAGCAGGUACUGGGAAAGUGAUGACAAGAUCCCCGAAGAUGCCAGGUCUUCCUGCAAAGACAUCGCUCGACAGCUAGUGGAAAACGACCCUGGACGCAAUAUCAACGUUAUUCUUGGUGGUGGUCGUCGCCAUUUUCUGCCUCGUAAACAAACCGAUUCCAAGUUGCAAAAUGAUAUGGGUCGACGAGAAGAUGGCAGGAAUCUCAUUGAAGAGUGGCUUAUAGACAAGAAGACACGAGAAUUAGAUUAUGAGUAUGUAUAUAGGAAAGAAGAUUUCGACAAGGUAGAUCCAUCUAAGACAGAUUAUUUGCUAGGUCUUUUCAAUCAUGGUCACAUGGCUUACGAAGUAGACAGAGAUUCGGGUCCAGACGGAGAGCCAUCUUUAGCCGAGAUGACCAAAAAAGCUAUUGAAAUUCUGAGGAAGAACCCUCGAGGAUAUUUCCUUAUGGUGGAAGGUGGACGCAUAGAUCAUUCGCAUCAUUUCAACAAUGCGCACCGGGCUCUCAUAGAUACUCUGGCCCUAGAGGAUGCUGUUUUGGUGGCUCUUGAAAUGACAAAGCCAGAAGACACAUUAAUGGUUGUCACUUCUGAUCAUUCUCAUGUGUUUGCUUUUGGAGGAUACCCAAAAAGAGGGAAUCCUAUUUUGGGACUGGAUAAUAAAAAUUCUGAUGUGGACAGCAUGCCUUACACAACACUGCUCUAUGCCAAUGGACCUGGUUAUAAUCAUAACUUUCCAACUGGACGGGAAAAUUUAACAGGAAUGAACACAGAGGAUAAGAACUACGUUCAACAAAGUGCUGUUCCUCGUCGGUGGGAUACACAUGGAGGUGAAGAUGUCCCGGUUUACGCACACGGUCCUAUGGCCCAUCUUUUCAGAGGAGUGUUAGAACAAACCUAUGUACCGCAUGCCAUGGCCUAUGCGGCUUGCAUAGGACCUCAGAGGAAUGACUGUGAACGCCGCAGACAUGCUUUUCACAGACAAGUUAUUGAAUGUCCUUCACCACAGUCGCAUUCGUCCGGACUAAUACUUCUGCCUACUUCAUCCCUCGUACUAGCUUGGGUUCUUGUUGGACUGAUACUUCAUACCGUAACAUGAUAGAAACAAGAUCCGGAAUAUCUGGUUGCAUUUCAAAAGCCUUAACUUAUUUCGAAGACCAAGUAAAGACGUUUAUAAAAGUAUGCGGAAGAGUUGUGUAACAAACUGUAGUGUAUUUAUUACGCCUUCAAAGCAUAGUCUAUACCACGCUCCCGUGCAAUAUUAUGACUGAUAACUCGCCAGAAAAUCUUUCAGCUGGCUGUAAUAGUGCAAUGGGACAUGAUAAAAACGUGGUAAAUUAAUGCUAUCGCCAGCAUUAAGAAUGACAGUUUACGAUCUUAACUCUUAUCAUGUACUGUAAAGCUUAUUUUCGUUCAAGUAUUCUUUAACACAAACUACAAUAACUUAGUUAUUAAAAGGUGGCAAAUCGUUGAUUUGUAGCCUUGUGUGAAUAUGGCUGUUCAAAGCGGAUUCGGACGACAGUACUACAGACUAAGACAAACCUAUCAAUGUAUGUAAUACCACUGUGUAUUUUAAAUCAUGUGUGUAUAUGGUGUCUGUGUUAUGUAUAAAGUUUUGGAGAGUUGUAAGCUCCGGAAGGUUCUUCCAUUUUCUUCAGGUCUUUAAUGACUUUCAAAGGCAUUGACUGAAUUUGGUAUAGAGAUGUUAUUAACAGCGCUUUUUUAUAUCUUUAUGCUAAAUGUAAAAGACGUUCUCCCAUACUUAAGUAAAAUGCUUCAAACCAAAAAAAUUAACGAUUUCAGUAAAAUAAUUUCAUUUUCAUGUGAAUUAAAUCACGGUUGAAAAUACUUAAUGUGGCAUUACAAAAACCUUUCCAGAGCUAAAACAUUCACCAGGAUCAAUUACAUUAAUAUAUGUCUACUUAAUGCUCUCUUUUAAAAAUCGCUUUACAUUAGCCUUUGGUUUGGAGUUAUAAGCUUCUUGUAAGCUUAUAAGGAGUAACCUUUCCUUCUUAACAUUUUAGCCCACCAGAAUCGAAGAAGUUAAGCUCAUUAACCGCUAAUAUUACAUACUUAUUAUACAGUAAAGUGAAACACGGUUGCAUGGGUUUUCAUAUACCUCAUGUAUAACACAAGAGCGAGCCCAUUCCCUUAUAACAAUUCCCGAAAUGGUAUUCCUCCUAAAGCAAAGGAACUGAAAGCGCUUUUUUGUAGAAGAAAGACAGUUGUUUGCUUUCUCUGAAAAUGUGAAAACUUUAAGGCGUCCUUCUUAAGCCUUUUAGAGCUAAAAUGUGUAUUUCGAAAACUGGGAAACAUUUUAUAAAACUCUAACUGUAAAAAAGUCUUGUUUUUAAUAAAAUAAAAACAAUGUUUCUAACUAUUGCGUUAAUUAUAAGUUAGUUUAAAAUCAACCUAUUAAUAGGUUAUAAAUAGGUUGAUAAAUAUAUUCUCAGAGAUCUAAUUAUCGAAUAGUUUCUGCAGUUUAGGAAUAAAAGUUUAUAUUUCAAAUCUUUCCGGAUAUUAAAUAAAAUAUUUAAGAGAAAUGAAAAUGCAAAAGAUUUAUAUUUCUAUAAUUUCAGAAAUAAGUUACUCGUAGAAGUAAUGAUCAUUUCACUACCGAAAAUCGAGUUAGGAAUUUCUUGGCGUUUCAGUAAUAUCUAAGCUGAUGUUUUUUACAGCAUAAUUAGGUUAGAUAAGAUUAUAUUAAAGUACAAAAAAUGUGGCAUAGCUUAAAGCGAAUGUCUUCCUUCCCCCUGCGCUACGAUUCCACUAGUUGAUACAAAAUCAUUGCAUUUUUCAUCAGUAUUCUUGAGUAUGAGCGAUAUGACAUAUCAUAUUUGUACAGCUAAGUUGUAUUUGUACAGUUCUAAACAUUAAAAAUAAAAAUUUUCAACGUGCUUCCAAAUUUUUUACAUUUUCACAGAAAAAAAAUCAGAAUUUUGAGGAUAUUUCAUGCUUAUCUCCUUAAAAAUAAAUUUAUUUAUUUGAUUAUAAUGCACAAUUUUCCAUAAUUUUAAAAUCCAAUCGUGUCCACUUACUUAAAUCGUUGUAGUAAAUCAAAGCAGCUGAAGUUACAAGUAAAAACUAUGAAAACACUUAGCCUGAAUGUAUUAUAAAUGAAGAGCUAAUGUACAUAAACUAUUUUAAAACUGAUAAGUAUAUAAAAUUGUUGUUUAACUAACAGUGUACAGAAGAAAAAAUUCUAACACAGAUAAGUAUGAUUUGUUCACGCUGUGUAUUUAUAAUUAUAGUUGUCUACGUUUCUGAUUUAUAAUUUAUGGAUGGUGUUUCAGAAGAUAUAAUUUUUGUGUAUAAUUUAUUUAAUAGUUAUUGUUAAAUGAAUAAGUCCUGUUAUGCAUCCUUCUCUAUCUGUACAUAUAUAUGUAGAACCUUUUUCUGUUUGAAAAUGUGUGAGCACUUACUGCCUGUGGCAGAUAAUCACAUGAAGUUAUUCUUUAUAAAGCUGAUUUCGUAUCACUGUGUAUAUGUGAUUAAUUAUAAAUUCGGCGAACUUUUUCUGUAUUAAAUAUCUUCCGAAGAUCAACUGUUAUAUUAUUUUUAAACUUUAUAUGUUGUAGAUAUUUCUUAUAUAUUUUAGAUAUGUAGAUCCUGCCGAAUGUUUUUUGAUUCGGGCAUUGCUUUAGUUAUCGAGUACGAAAUGAAUAAGAAAUGAAAAUACGCUUUCGAAUAUUUAAAAAAAUGAUUUUUAAGUCUAUCUAAAAUAAAUAAUUAAUAACAUUUUUAUUCUAAUGUUAUUAUAAAAACAUAAUAGGAAAUAAAUUUGUUUUUAUGAGUGAAAUUUUAAUUAAUAAUUGAUUUUCUUUUCCAUUUUUCACAUAAAGUCCAUACAACACUUGUCUAUUGUCAACGCCUUUUUAACAUUUAAUUUUCUGAACUUAGUCGGAGUUCCUCCUCGAAAGUUUUAAUUUUAGGAAUUUUAUCAAAAAAGAUUUUAGAAAUUCUAUAAAAAAUUAUACUUUUAAGAACUCCACAACAAAAAUGCAGUUUUAAGAGUUCCCCAAAACAAAGUUGUAGUUUUAGAAAAAGAAUAUAGCUUUAGAAGUUCACAAAAUAAAAUUAAAAAAAUAUAGAAAAUUUAAAAAAAAAAAAGAAAUCUGAAAGUUUUCAGAUUUUACAUUACGCCCAAAGGAGCGUUUUUCUAACAUUUUGUGUAUUACCUUUAUUU